AUGCUCACGCAAUUUCCCUCAGGACAGUUUUGGCAAUUUGACUGGCGCACGCAAAAGAGGGGACAUACUCCAGCGUCAGCCUCAGCCUCAGAUAGUUCACUGAAUGAUGCGUUAUUGGCAGAUAUUGAUGCGGCAGAUGUUGACACUGUCAAAGCAGCAACAACGGCGAGGACAAAGGUGAAAUGCAUAGUUUUUCGUCUAACUGCAUGGGCAUCGAACGAAAUUCCGAUUCAGAAGCGAAAGCUCCGACUCGGAGGAUUGCCACCUAAGAUCUACCUUGCGAAGCAAGGGCUGUUGGCAAUUUGGUGUGGAACGAUUGGAAUAUUCACCUGUUGCUCCCACAUAAGCAAGCUGGUACUCACUGUUCCCAAGAAAAUAUACCUAACACAGGAGGCGCUUAACAAUCCGCUUGACUGGGAGAGCAUGCAAGUCCUGAAAAGCGCUGCCGCAAACUUCAGUUACAGCAUGAAAUGA